UAAUUGUUUUCUGUUGGUAAGGUAUGAUGUGAACCACUCCACCGACUCAAUGCCAAUUACACCAAGUUUAUCACACAAAAUCCCAUGGUCAACUGUAUCAAAGGCCUUCUGUAGGUCUAGUAAAACCAUUCCAGUGAAGAGACCUUUAGACGUCUGGGACUUUAUGUGAUCAACCAGAAUUCAAAUGAUGUGAUGUAGAAGAAGAGGGAACAUAUUAGCAUAAUGGAUUCAACAGCAGAUAAUUGUCCAAUAUGUUGGGAUGACUUUAAGGAGCCAAAGUUGUUGAAGUGCUGUCAUUCCUUUUGCUGCAAGUGUCUGAGGAACUACACUCGUAAAAAUAGGGGACGUAGUGAGCUGACUUGUCCGCUAUGUCGACAAGUCUGGGAAAUACCAGAAAAAGGUGUUGGUGAAUUUUUAACAAACUAUUUCAUAGCAGACACAGAUUUUAAGCUCGAGGGAGUUGUUCUACCCUGUGGUUGCUGCAGGAAGGAACGUGUCCUUAAAACAUGUUCACACUGCAGUCAGGCCAUGUGUGGUGAAUGCGCAUUUGAUCACCGGGAAGCGCUGCGACUGUCAGGUGAGGAUCAUCUUACCGUGUUUGACAGUAGAGAUGACAACGCUGCUGACUCUGACUCGGAUGAAUACGAGUCUAUGGACUCAGGUCGACGACAGCAGCGACGCAAUUCGUCGACAUUAGCUAUACCCUUUUCUCUGUCUAUUGCCUUGCCUCCGAUGCGAACAAACUUGAAAGUAGAACCUUUAUCAACAUUUGUUAUAGAGAGUGAAUUUCCAGGCAGCAGUGAACGUCCAUUUAUCAACUGUAUACAUCCUGUAUCGGAGGAUGAGUGUUGGAUAAUUCCUACGGCUGGACCAGACUUGGUCCGUUAUACAUGGGAAGGAGAGAGAAAGCAAAUCAUUCACCUUGGUGGUAUACUAACAUCACUGGUCUGCCAGCCUGAUGGUGCAUUCCUUAUCUCUCUUUGGGGAGACAAGUCAAUUGUGGCACUGUUGUCCGACUCCAUGGUCAGGGGUUUUUCCAACACUGGAGAUAUUCAUCCUCAUUCUUUGGCGGCCUUUCCAGAUGGACGUGUAGUGUUUUGUGGACCGUCUUCAAAAUCUGCUGAAAAAUCAGACCCAGAAAAGGAAAAAACAACAGUCAAUGAAGGAAGUCUGUCCAUAUUGUCUAAAGAUGGGUCUCUGAUCAGAGAAGUAAGACACAGUAGAACAGGUCCGAUAUUUGAGAAUCCAGCAGCCGUUGCUGUCAAUCCUGUGAUUGGAUCCAUAGCAGUUGCAGACAAAGGAAGGGGAUGUGUUUUCCUUUUGUCCCCUGAUGGUGAAAUGUUUUCUCAGUACAAGGGAGCUAACCGCAGACAGCACUUCCCAUUCCUUUUAGCAGCACAGGAAGAUGUCCAGUUCCUGCCCCUGAAUCUGUGCUUUGAUAAAACGGGAAACUUGUACAUAUUAGAUGCAUCCUCAAGAUUAAUCCACAUCCUGAAUCCACAUGGUGAAUUCUUGGGCAUCAUGGCACCAGGGGACAUUGAGGAGUUUUCUCAUCCAUUUAGUAUAGCUAUUGAUCACAAGGGCAGAAUGUGGAUUGGAGAUGAGUCAGACCACUGUGUCAGAGUUUUUCAGAUUUGUCUUUAUGUAAAUCAUUUCCCUAGGGACAAUUAAUUUGUUAAAUGAAAAUUUGUAAUGUGAACAUUAUUUUUUGUCAAGUUUUUUAUAACAAAGAAAAUGCAGCGGUUUAUGCCAAAAAGUGCACAUUUUUUUUUCGGUAUAUACCGUAUAUACCAAAACAAAAUCUUGGGCAUUCUUUAUAAUUUAAUUU